AUGUCAGGUCUUUGCAGCAAUCGCCCAGAGGGCUUUGGCCCAAUCUCUCAGCUUGCCGACCCUCUUCCUACUCAAUGCUUUUUCGACACGAUACUCGUACCGACUCCAACAUGGCUCUACAUGGUUGCUCUGCCCAUACUCUUCUUCCUCACGCCGAAACAUUACAACCGGUCGUCACCCAUGUCAAGAAAGUGGUGGUCAUCUCUGCUCUCCAAAUCGACAUGGCGAUCGAGCUGGGGACGCAUCCUGCUCUUUGCGGCCUACUACUUUGUCGUGGCCGUGCUGGUGCUCAUGCAGACGGUCGAGGUGAUUGGGCUGUCCCGGAUCGACCUCGGCGUGGGCCUCGUGCCCUUUGCCUACGUCGGCUUCGCCGGCGCCGCGGCCAUGCAGGCCACCGACGGCGUCUUUCGCCGGGUCCGCGGCUACUGGGCGGCGGCCGUGGCCCUCUGGGUCGCGGGGGGCGCCAUCACGGCCCUCAAGAUCACGGGCGUGCUGGGGCUGGGCCUCGAGGGCUCGCUCGCGCGUCAGGAUACGACGUAUGCCACUGUCCACCAGUUUACCGAUCUCAUCAUCCUGGGGUCGUUCUACGUGCUCGCAGUAGUGGCCGAGAUUGCCGUCAUGGUUGUGAGAAGGAAGAAUAGGCGGAGCGAGCUAGAUGAUGAUGUAGUCGAGUUGAGAAGCGAGUUUGAUUGGAAAUGA